AUGGAAGAGAAAGAUUGGGAAAAAGGACCAUGUACCACCAAUCCAGUCGAGGCAUUGAACCGACAAUCAUUGCUGGAAGGCUGUACCGUUCUUCAUACUUUAAUGGACAACAUUUACCUGGAGGAUCGCCUACAAGCGGUGAAAACAGCAGUUUGCGAAGACAAUGUUACAACGUCUUAUAGGGCAUCACCUGGUAAACCAAAAAGUAAACGAAAGCGUACAAGCAUUGGGAAUUCAGGAGAUGAAGGUCCACCAGAGAAGCGCCGCCAUAUAAUCAGUCAGAAAAGAAGGUCGAAUGGUAGAGCGUUAAUCAAUCGUGUCAUUGAAGUUGAAUAUGAUGAAAAGAACAAAUCAGGAAAGGUGACAAAGUACUGGGGAUGGUGCAAAGGACAAAUCAUGGCAUACUGGAAACAUGAAGGGUACUUGGUAAAAUUUGAGGAUAGAAUUGAAGAUGACGGAACAGUCGUUGCUGGGUGGUCGGAUUGGAUUGCAGACUUAAAUAGCAAGGAUGUACGUUUGUUAGAUCCGUAA